ACACCCGCCGCUGUGAGCAGGAGAUGGACAUCAAACAGGAGGUCGCCAGUCCACGGGAACUCCCAGCGGCCGACCUGUACGCAGCAGCAAGAAGAAGGCGCUGGACCAGGUGAAGGUGUGGUGCGGCUCGAUGAUUCGGCCGCUGGACAUGGUUGAAGGGGGCGGGGGGGCCCUCAAGCGCAGUCUGUCGGACGACUCUGACUACUCGGACAAUAUGGCCGACUACGACGGUGACUACAAGCGCAUCAAAAUGGAGGACAGCGAUAGUGACACGGGUGGCGUCGUCAUGGUGCCCAGGCGGGGCGGUGCAAACAGCGUGGUGGGUCGCGCGCGUGCGCAGAUCAACGGUCUGAAGAGAGAGCGUGACGGAGAAGGGUUGGCUGCUGCCUUGGGACUGGAGUCAGACGAAGAGGGAGCGGCCGGCCAGGUCAAGGUCAGGGCAUCCUCUCUCAGUCCCACCAAUCAACAGGUGCUGGUAGCGAGUGCCAAGGGUGUGGUGAAGGUGGAUCCGUCUCAAGUACCCAACCUGACAUCGGGAGUCUACAUCAUGUCCAACAAGUCGGGCAUUGUCAAGUUGGACUCGGUCACUCCCAACUCGGCCAUUUCAUCGCUACAGAGAAAGGGUCUGCUGAAAUCAACGCCCAGCCACAAAUCAGGCGUGAUAAUGCUGGGCAGUCGGAUGGGUCCGGGAGCUGCAGCCGCCACCAAAUCGGGCAUUCUUCGCAGGCCGACUGUGGCUGCAUCAUCACCCACCAAGCAACCGCAAAGCAACAGCAACACGAUGGCAACUACGGCUGCUACCGCUCUGGGUGGCCCUCGUCCCGUGGGACCGCUCAGGCCUGUGCCCAAGCCUUCGAACAUUAUCAGUAGACAAACAGGAGUGAUGUCUAAACAGGCUCCACUGGCCAGCCGCCUCCACGGUCUCAACAAGGGGGUUCUCUCCACUCCCUCCCCUCUCAAGCGACCCGGAUCCAUGCUCAAGUCAGGCAUUAAACCCAUUGAGUCCAUCCUCGGCACGGUCGGCCAGCUCAGGAAGAAAGAUGAGUUGGGGACACCGCAGAAGCGAAUACUUGGUGGGGGUGCCAGAGGAGGCGUGGCAAGGGGAGGCAAAUCCACCGCCAAGAUGAUCCACAAGGGGGCGACAGUUGUGCCCCGAACCACGCUAUCGUCCACUCUCGGUGUAAUGAACACAGACCUGGACAACAUAAAGUUAGAGUCAUACGCCGGCGGCACAGGUGAGCCGGAUGUGGUGGUCGGUCUCCCCGACGACUUUCCGCCCCUGGGCGAUCUGCCCCCGAUCACACCGGACAGCCCCCCCAGGCCGCUUACCCUGUGCCCGCUCACGGGCAGAGUGCUGGCCAGGGCAGAGGGGGAGCCUACACCCCCGCCUUCGCCUCCCAAGGUGGACAUCCCCACCACCACGACCACCAUUCAAGAGAUCAUUACUACCACUACAACGGCCACAACUGUCGCCCAGCCCCAUAUCAUCAAGGUUGAGAUGAGUUCACAAGAAAUUCCAGCCAACGUGGAGCCAGCAACCGUAUCUGUCAGAAAAGUUGCGUCCAGAUCUAGAGCUAAAUCGAAAGGCGCGGCUAAUGCAGCCGCUGAGUCAGCAACUUCUCUGGGCACAAUCACAGUUCCUUCGCGCAAGAUCUCCUAUCAACAACAACAGCAACAGAUUGUUGUUGAACAACAGCCCGACGAGAUUGAUGACAACGAGAUGGUCACCAUCACCGGAGACGAUGGACUGCUCUAUCAGGUAUCGCAGGCUGAUCUGAGGAACGCGGGCGGUGGAGCCCUGUUGGUUGACGGCGGAUAUGUGGCGGGCGAAGCGAGCUCUGUAACGGUGGAGGCUGGUGACCAGGGUGGAGCCACCCAGGUGCUCACACUUGAUUCAGCCUAUGCCGAUGCCGUCGCACAACUUAUACCCGAACAGUUCUAUGUGAAGGAAGGCGGUUCAGAGGGGGGCGUGGCCGUGGUGGAGGCGGGUGGGGGCGGGGCAGUGGUGGUUGAUGGCGCUGCAGAGGGGGGCGUGGUAGUUGGAGCGGGUGGCGAGGAGGAGGAAGAGGGAGGCCAAGUGGUGGCUCAGCUGGUCGAGGCAUGUGAGCCGACGCCUGGAGGAGGACGUCGGGUUGUUCUUCUACUGCCAGAUGGAAACCUAAUGAUGACAGAAGUGGACGAGGAGCAGUAUGCUGCUCUCGGAUUGGACAACAAGUAGAAUGAGAGAGAGUGAGAGAGAGUGUGUGCUAGUAAGAUAUAUGUGUGAGAGUGAAAGAACAAGUUCUGUAAAGCUCAACUCACACUUAGGCGACUCAGAUGGAGAAGAGACUGGACUCUAGUGGAGAGCAUGUGUUUUGAAAUGGUGACGUCGCGGAGACUAGAAUCGACUGGUCUGAGUGUCACCAUUUGGAAACACAUGCUCUCCACUAGAGUCCAGUCUCUUCUCCACCUGAGUCGCCUAAGUGUCAGUUGAGCCUCAAUCAUGAUUAUCAUGUAUGUUUUGUAUUAGAUUAUGGUUUAAACUUCUAAAUGAAAAUCCAAUUUGUCUUUUAAGUAGUAAAGUAAUACAAACUGCAAGAAAUUUUAAUUUGAUAUAAUUUGUAAUGUGUAAUAUUGUAAUUUAAUCAGACCAAUUAAACGUACAUAUUUUUUGCAA